CAAACACCUUCAGCAUCUUUUCAAGCUGCGCUUUCAUGUGGAGCCGCAGCUAUUCGACGUUUGCCCCCCCUCCAACUCCAACUCCUAAUAUUAGAGUUUCAAGGCAAAGAUGAGGGCGGCAAUAAUGUGAACUCCUGCACAGUCCUCGGACACCCCGAAAGCUGAAGAAACAAGACAUUGAAAAAACGUUGCAGAACCAGUUUACAGUCCUUUCAACGAUCUGAAAAUUAUGGAUUUUCAUCUUUCACUUACUCAUGUCGUCUUUACAAUGUAUUUUCAACCAUUUUUUGCUUGUCUCUUUAGGAAUGAAUGAUGGGCAUUGAGUGUAUGAGUUGCAUGCCUCGUUGCAGUGGUGAGCGAUGGGACGCGGCUGCAAUUCAAGGACAUUCAGCAAAUUGCAUUAAGCUGCAAACCGAUGAAGAAUGGAGGAUCGUUGAGUAAUUUCCAGACGGUGACCAUGCAUUUCUUAGGGCCGAACUCUCUCAAACACGGGGUUCUUGUUUGCCCUGAACGGAAGGAACCGCCAUCAUGUCAGCACUGCAGAAACAAGCAACGAGAGGCCAAGUUUUGCCAAAGAUCCCUGUGCCCCCACUCAAACAAACCCUUGACACCUACCUGAAAUGUGUCCAACAUCUUGUGAAGGAAGAGCAGUUUAAGAAGACUAAGACCAUCGUAGAAAAGUUUGGGGCUCAGGGAGGGGUCGGAGAGAUUCUUCAGAAUAAACUUUUGGAGCGGAGGGACAAGACAUCCAACUGGGUCUAUGAUUACUGGCUGGAGGACAUGUACUUGAACAACAGGUUGGCCUUGCCUGUUAACUCCAGUCCUGCCAUGGUGUUCCAGACACAAAAUUUCAGAGACCACAAAGAUGCUCUCAGAUUUGCUGCUCGUCUCAUCCUUGGAGUUUUAGAGUAUAAGGCUCUCAUUGAUGCGAGAACGCUACCUUUGGAUUUUGCUCGAGGCCAGUUAGCAGGGACUCCUCUGUGCAUGGAGCAGUACUACCGCCUCUUCACAUCCUACCGCUACCCAGGGCUGAAGACAGACACGCUGAAGGUUGACAUUAAUGCAGCCUCUUCAGCGCCAGAACACAUGAUCAUUGCAUGCAAAAACCAGUUUUUUGUGUUGGAUGUAGUGGCAAACAACAAACAGCUCAAUGAGACAGAGAUCUUAUCCCAGCUGGAGAAGAUCAUGAAAAUGUCAGAAAAUGCUGAAGAGAGGCAUCCUUCUUUUGGGAUCCUGACCUCAGACGGGAGGACCGAAUGGGCACAAGCUAGAGAAGAACUAAUAAAAGAUCAAACUAACCGGGACUCUCUGGCUCUGAUUGAGAGUUCUAUAUGUGUGGUGUGUCUGGAUGAGCCCUGUGGCCUUCCACCCAGCGACACCAACAGGGCUCUGAUGAUGCUACAUGGCGGUGGCCUGGAGCGAAACGGUGCAAACCGAUGGUAUGACAAAUCAAUGCAGUUUGUUAUAGGCAUGGAUGGGGUCUGUGGGGUGGUGUGCGAGCAUUCUCCAUUUGAGGGAAUAGUCAUGGUGGAAUGCUCAGAGUUUCUUAUGAAACACAUAACAGGGAGUCCCUCCAGGAUGGUUCAGCAGUCCAGCGCUAAAGCUCUCCCCCCUCCAAGAAGGCUGCUCUGGAAAUGUAGCUCCAACAUUCAAGCUUUCCUAAGAGCAUCCGGAGAAAGACUCCAGAGGCUGGUGAACAAUCUUGACAUGGAUGUGUUCACAUUUGAAGCAUAUGGAAAAGACUUCAUCAAAAAACAAAAUAUGAGCCCAGAUGCGUUUAUACAAGUCGCACUACAGCUUGCAUUUUACAAAUGCAAAGGAAGGCUGGUGUCCACUUAUGAGAGUGCUUCACUUCGUCGUUUUCAAGGAGGUCGUGUAGAUAAUAUUCGCUCAGCCUUACCUGAGGCCCUGGCCUUUGUGAAGUCAAUGGCUGACGAGAGAGCAGGUUUCACAGACUCCGAAAAAAUUAAACGACUGAAAGAGGCAGUUAAGGCCCAAACAGACUACACAAUCGCAGCAAUUACAGGCAUGGGGAUAGACAAUCACCUGCUAGGGCUUCUCAAGGUGUCAAAGGAGCUGAACAUGGAGAAACCCGAAAUCUUUUGUGAUGAGACAUAUGUGAAGAGUAAUCAUUUCAUUCUCUCUACUAGUCAGGUCCCAACAACAGUGAAAAUGUUUUGCUGCUAUGGCCCAGUAGUACCCAAUGGCUAUGGUGCCUGCUACAACCCACAGCCGAACCACAUUGUCUUCAGUGUGUCAAGUUUCUGGGAAAACACUGAGACAAGCUCUGCCGUUUUUGUCAAGGCUCUGAACGAAGGCUUGUUGGAAAUCAGGGACCUGUGCAAUAGAAGUGCGGCCGCCGCUACUAAAACAUCUGAAAGCAGUCAGACAGCAGCAGCCAAGCCAUAUAAAUCAGGAAAGUAAGCCUUACUGGUAGUUCACCCCUAAUCAUCUCCACUCUUAAAGUUAGACUCGGUAGCUUGGGAAAAUAUUAUUGCCUUAAAAAAGAAUAUAUAACUAGAAAAAUAUGUAUAUACAUCUAUUUAAAAAAACAACUGUAAUAGAGAAGAAGAAUGAAGACGUAUAUCUCCUUUUUUGGAUCUGUGAGAAUGAUGCGGGGUCCAAAACAGACUCUGGUGGACCUAGGAUACUCGGUCUGCUACACUUAAGGAAAAUGAAGCCAUGUUUGUUUGUAGAACCGAUCUGAUGAUUCAGUCUUCAGUAUAAGUUAUUUGAAUUAUUGGUAUAUAUAUAUAUAUAUAUAUAUAUAUAUAUAUAUAUAUAUAUAUAUAUAUAUAUAUAUAUAUAUAUAUAUAUAUAUAUAUAUAUAUAUAUAGACCUAAGGUCCAAGGUUGAUCAGACCCACAAAAAUCUUAAUAUAGAAUAAGAUAGUUUUGUUGUCACAUAUAGUUUAUGUGAAUCUGCAAACUUUGCCACUUUGUUAGCACUGUGAAAUGAAAUGUACAACAGUAUAAUGUGUUAAUAUAUAUACUUUAUUUUUACAAAGAAAUAUUAAAAAAAGUGUGCAUAUGUGACAUACAGUAUACGGAUAGGCCAACGAUAAGUUGGAAGCACUUUAAGACACACAUACGUACAAACACAAUCCUUUAUAGACGUGUGUAGCUGAAACCUGAAAAUUACACAAACUGUAUAAAUGGAUUUUUCCUAAUUGUCUGAAAUUAAAUCACAGGGAAUUUAUCCUAAUUUAAAUCUGUUUGGAUUAGAAAAUUCACCAAGGUACAACACUGUUUGACUUUUGUAUGAUACCAAAGUUCUCAAACAUGUGGUUUGAUAUGUGGUCGCCUUUUACUAUCUGCUCUGAAUCAUUUAUUAAAGUUAUGUCCCAUUUCUCCCCAAAUAACUGGUGUAACACAUAAUUUAGGUUUGUUAGCUUGAACACUUCUACCCAUAAAAUUUCUACAGCGUAUAGAUCAGGCCUUUUAAGGUCAUCCUGAAACACUAUUUUAUUAUUUUUUAAACAUAGCUAAUCUGAGAGUAUGACUGAUCCACUGACUCACUUAUGCAUAUGUUUCUGGAAAGUUUUGAGAUUUAGCAUACUUUUCCGAGAUGUUUUUUAUUUGGUUUUCUUAUUUUAGUUUUUUUUUUUUUUUAGAGGAUAAAAGAAAUCCUCUGAACUGAUUCGGCCUCUUACCCUUAAGGUUAGAAAGGCAUUCUCAUGAUGAAAUAGAAUUACCUGCAUUUGUGUUAGAGAAAAGAACAGGGCAUGUUGAUGCAUCCUGAAACUGUACCCAAGGAUGAAGAAGACUAAUCAAUAUGAAAAAUGUUCCUGUUAUAUAUUGGUUGCUUUCUUUAUUCUAUAAUGUUAUAUGAGGCACUAAUAUGUAUAAGGCGUUAACAUACAUCCAAUGGUGUGCCUUGGUUAAACUCAAAUAUAGUGAAUUUAGAAGACUGAAUCUUCAUAAUUCACUACAUGAUCCACAAUAUCAUCUCAAUUUUCUCAAGUUAUUCAGAGACGUAUUGACCUUUGGGUCCUUAAAAUUCAACAUAAGAAAUAAAAUGCAUAUUACAGGGAAAGUGAAAAAAAAAAUACAUAAAUGUCUUAAUUAUGACUAAUUGUUGUAGUAGUAAAAUGACCUUAAAAAUAAAAGAUAUAUAUGUAUGUAAAUCUCUAUAUGUAUGUUAUAAGUGUUAAAAAAUACAAAGGCUAUCACCUACAUUACUUAUUUGCUUGACUGCAGUGUAACAGAAAUCGUCUACCUACCUACUUGUAUUAUACCUAACAGCAAUAGUCAAAUACUCUGUGACUUUAUAUAUACGUAAGCUUACUUGCUGUUUCUUCAUAUAUGAGGUGCAGUGAAGCUUUUUAUGCAGUUUGACAAAUCACCUAAUUCUUCAUGGGUAUGUUUACAAGAGGUGCUGUAUUUCAAUUAAGAAAAUAGAUUUAUUAUAUGAUUAAAAAUGUUCAUUUGCUAAGUACUUUCUCAUAAACGUUCUUUUUUUUAAUUAUUUGUCUCCAAUGUUUUUUGUUGUGCAAAGUACCUAGUAAUCUGUACUGAAAGUGAAUCUGCUAUAUUGUUGUGUCCAUCAGCCAAAGUGGAUGUGAUAUGAUUUUAAACUAUACAUAAAGCAAAUAUUAUAUCUUUUAUUGUGUUGAUUCCUAUAUGAAGAUAUUUUUGAUGAAAUAUUGUUAAAAUCUCAGUAGUGCAAUUUCCAAAUGCCUUAAAAUUAUGUGGAAGUGGUCUUGUGAUUUGUCUUAUGCAAGAAGUGUUUCAUGUGAGCAACAUGUAUCUGUCACAAUUGUAUUUCUUUAUUUGUCUCAUACCAGAAAUAUUUGGUAAUAAUUAUAGAAUACCACCAUAUAAUUGUGACUCUCUUUGUUUCACCCAAUAAAAUGCUAUAUGUAUGUUGCUAAUUGAUUAUUGAGUAUAUAGUCUAUGCAGAAGUGUUGCAGCCCUUAAACUUUUCAGAGUUCUGAAAAGCUACAGUGUACACCAUUAGGACUUCAUGUGAUGGCUCGAAAGAGGUAGUUCAACACUUUGUAAAGGAAGAAAAUGUAUAAACUGUUUUUUUAUUUUUUUUAUUUGACAAAAUAGGAAUUAAAGUGCUAAGCUCCUUAAUUUAAACUGCUUUCCUCUAAUACCCUUAAAUAAAAUCCAGUGUGGA